CACUGAAUGGAAUCCUUGGCAUAACCCUUUCAUAAUAUAUAUAUUAUUGGAGAGAAAAAAAAAGUGAUCCUGUGCCUUUAAUUUCCCUUUCUGAGAGAGGGAAGGCUGCACACCACUGACAGGCUCACUUGUUCCUGUCUUUAAUGUGCAAUCUGUUUUCUCCAGCGGAGGGCACUCAGUGUAUCACAAACUCAAGCAUUAGCACCAACAAGCUCUGAGCAUCAUCAGUCUCUGGAAAGCCUUCUGAAUUAGACAAGGGCUGCCUCUCAGCACAGCUACAAAACACUUUAAACCUGACCAGCUAAAUGGAUAAACCUAGCCUGCAUAGCUUUUAAACUGGGGUCUCAUACAGCACAGGAGGCCUACUUGCUUCAAGAACUGAAAAUCCAGAGGAUGAAUUGCUUUAUCUGGGAAUGGCAAAAGCCAGCACAAUAAGGAAUGCCAGUUUGUAUGGGGCUACUAGCUCACAUGUGGGAUCAGAAUGGUGUGAAUGACAGCCGCACUGUGUCAUGAAGGUGGUGGUGGUUUCAGCACGAGAGACCAAAUAAGAAGAAAGCUGAGAGAGGGGGGAACCGUUUUUGGAUGACAAAGGAUGGGUUUCCGUUUAAUUACGCAGCUGAGAGGCAUGCGUGUGGUGCUAGUGCUACUUCCUACACUGCUGCUUGUUAUGCUCACGGGGGCUCAGAGAGCUUGCCCAAAGAACUGCAGAUGUGAUGGCAAAAUUGUAUACUGUGAGUCUCAUGCUUUCGCAGAUAUCCCUGAGAACAUUUCUGGAGGGUCACAAGGCUUAUCAUUAAGGUUCAACAGCAUUCAGAAACUCAAAUCCAAUCAGUUUGCUGGCCUUAACCAGCUUAUAUGGCUUUAUCUGGACCAUAAUUACAUUAGCUCAGUGGAUGAAGAUGCCUUUCAAGGGAUCCGUAGACUGAAAGAAUUAAUUCUAAGCUCCAACAAAAUUACCUAUCUGCACAAUAAAACAUUUCACCCAGUUCCCAAUCUCCGCAAUCUGGAUCUCUCCUACAAUAAACUUCAGACAUUGCAAUCAGAACAAUUUAAAGGUCUUCGGAAACUCAUCAUUUUGCACUUGAGAUCUAACUCAUUAAAGACUGUGCCGAUAAGAGUGUUUCAAGACUGUCGAAAUCUUGACUUUCUGGAUUUGGGUUAUAAUCGUCUUCGAAGCUUGUCCCGAAAUGCUUUUGCUGGCCUCUUGAAGUUGAAGGAGCUCCACUUGGAGCACAAUCAGUUUUCCAAGAUCAAUUUUGCUCAUUUUCCACGUCUCUUCAAUCUCCGCUCAAUUUACUUACAGUGGAACAGGAUUCGUUCCAUUAGCCAAGGCUUGACAUGGACUUGGAGUUCCUUACACAACUUGGAUUUAUCAGGGAAUGACAUCCAAGGAAUUGAGCCGGGCACAUUUAAAUGUCUACCCAAUUUGCAAAAAUUGAAUUUGGAUUCCAACAAGCUUACCAACAUCUCACAGGAAACUGUCAAUGCGUGGAUAUCAUUAAUAUCCAUCACUUUGUCUGGAAAUAUGUGGGAAUGCAGUCGGAGCAUCUGUCCUCUAUUUUAUUGGCUUAAGAAUUUCAAAGGAAAUAAGGAAAGCACCAUGAUAUGUGCAGGACCUAAGCAUAUCCAGGGGGAGAAGGUUAGUGAUGCAGUGGAAACCUAUAAUAUCUGCUCUGAAGUUCAGGUGGUCAACACAGAAAAAUCACACCUGGUACCCCAAACGCCCCAGAAGCCUCUGAUUAUCCCUAAACCUACAUUUUCCAAAUCUGACCCCACCCAGCCCACCCUUGAAACACCAAGCCCUUCCCCAGGGUUUCAGAUUCCUGGCACAGAGCAAGAGUAUGAGCAUGUUUCCUUUCACAAAAUUAUUGCAGGGAGUGUGGCUCUGUUUCUCUCAGUGGCCAUGAUCCUCUUGGUAAUCUAUGUGUCUUGGAAACGCUACCCAGCCAGCAUGAAACAACUUCAACAACAUUCUCUUAUGAAGCGGCGGCGGAAAAAGACCAGAGAGUCUGAAAGACAAAUGAAUUCCCCUUUACAGGAGUAUUAUGUGGACUACAAGCCUACAAACUCUGAGACCAUGGAUAUAUCCGUUAAUGGAUCUGGGCCCUGCACAUAUACCAUCUCUGGCUCCAGGGAAUGCGAGGUAUGAACCAUGAUCCUCCUAAAAGCAUUUCUGCUGCGGGGAAGGAGAGGUAAAUGUUUGAAGCCCUAGAGGUGUCUCUAAUCACUAGAAAGAUUAAUGACCCUUUUGCUUUUGGGUUUUUGCUCAGUGUGAAAGGUUACUUAAUUAAAUUACAACCACCAGGAAAUUGACUGUUUUCUUUAUUUUUUUUUAAAUGGUUGAAACUUGAAGGAAGUUCAUUCAAGGAUGAGAUUAAGUUGGAAUAAAGCACUAUGUUAAAACAUCUGUUUUUUUUUUUUUUAACAGUUUGUAUACAGAGGUUGGACUUACAAACAUACAUACACACAAAACUUUUUCAUUCUAAAAUUAACGUCUGGUUCUUGUUGUUUGACUUCUGUAAUGGAGUAAAGAAGGAGAGACCAGCUUAAUUUAAAAACAAAGUGAUUUUACCAAAAUUCCAGGAGGUAAUGAAGAUUUAAACCAAAGAGCAAUUUACCCAAGGGUUGAUUUUGUUGUAAAUUUUUAGUUAUAAUUAAAGCAUGCAACAGGGAUCUCACAGGGAUAACUUUCCGUGUUAUUUGCCAUUUAGUUAUUAUACCAGCAUAGAGAAUGUCAGAGGCCUACUGUGUAAUUGUAUUAGGCUUUUAAAGAUGUUUUUCUUUCUUCUUUCCUUCUUUCCUGCCUUCCUUUUUUUUUUUUUUUUUUUUUAAAUACUGGACAUAGAUCACUUUUCAUAGGUUUUCUUAAGUGCUGGCUAUUUGUAUGUAAUCAGAAUGAAACUUAAGUUCCAUGUUUUGGCUAUGUCCCUGGUAACUAAAAUCAGGUCCUGAUAUUGUGGAUGAUUUAGCAAUAAUAUAAUGACAGGCAUAACAGGGACUGUUUGUCAAUGUUGCUGUCAUCCCCAACAAAAAUCAUGUAUAUUCUUGUGAAACUUAUCCAAAACUAAGUGAUGCAAAUAUUUACAAAUAAAAAGAGAGAGAUUUGAGUUCUGGGUAUUUUCCCUUAUUGUAACAUUAGCUUCAAAUGAAGGCAUUCCAUGUUACCUUAUUUUCAUUUUCAUGAGAUUGAAGUUUGGAUCCAGUUUCUGAUUAUUUAAUUUUAAAGAUUACUUACAGUAACUUGCUUAUGCAUAGAAAAUAGUCACAGAUUUCCAGCUUGUUGAUAAGUAGUACUGGAUGCAAAUUAUUCUUUGCUUGGUAAAGUUGAUCAAAAAGUACAAAGAUCAUGACUGCCAAGGCCUUGUUGCUGGAAUAGAGUAGCAAAGAGAGAAAGUAAGUUCUGGCACAAUGUUGUCUUAAUAUCUAAUUUUAGAUGAUUUGUUGUUCAAAGGAAAGUUUUAAUGAGUAUUUAAUGAGUAUUUUCCCCUUUUUAUUACUAGUUAUAACAGUUGGAACAGAUAAUUUGCUCUACGAUUAUAUAUACCCAAAGUUUCCAUAGUUCUAAAGGCAGAUGCUGAGGGAAACGUUUUCAGACAAAGAACUGAGUUUGAAAUAUUCUCCAACUGAGUAGAAUUUGGAAUACUGAACUAUUUUUCACAGAGUUCAUUUUCUCCUUUUUGUGUAUGAUUGAAAAUAAGAAUAGUAAUCCCAGUAAAACAUCCCUGAAAGAAACCUUCCUAAACAAUUAACCUUAAAAAUUAAGGAGAAUAAGAUAUUUUAUAUGAGUCCUAACAAGACUUGAUGAUUUUAUUGCAGGCUGACAUUUAUACAAUGUACAUGAAUAUUAGUAAAACAAGUUCAUCCUGUUUUAUUCUAGAUUCUCUUUGUAUUUUGAGAUCCUCUUAAAGCAUAGUAGUACAAAAGAGAAAGGAGAAUCCAAGUCCAUUCAUUCAUUUUCUCUGGACUUUUGUAGUAGAGAGGUGAUUUUUAUUUAUUAUAAUCACCAAGAAAGAAGAAAGAUUCUUAAAGAACUAGGACUUGAGUAUAGUGAUUUCUAAAGCUUUUCCUGAGUUCUUAAAUUCCAGAGAUUAUUCUUUUAAAGACCCUUGACUUUACCAUGAUUAGAACGAAAUAAAAACAUGUUUUAUUCCAUAAAAACAUGAGUGUUUCAAAUCACAUUUUGAUACUAUGUGUAUUAGGUAGAGGGGAGUUUAUGAUCAUGAAAUUGCAGUGGCACUGUUGGAGUUGAACGUGGUGUUAAGACAUAUUAAAUAAUGAAGUACACAAUUAAGUGUUGUAAUGAAGAAAGUUGAAAUGGUAACUCUGCUGAAGUAGAUCAAACUCUCCGUGCCCUAAAACAUGGGAAAUGGUAGGUUAUACAUUUAAGACCAUUAACUCACAGGGUCUAAUGAAGCUGCAUUUGAGUGAAUAUUAACCUGUUUUCCAACACAAACACAUACAAACAUUUCAGCCACCACCACCCCCUUUUGACAGGAUAGUCAGUCUACUACAGUUGUAGAAAUGAGUUAUAAGAAAUGAGAAUAGUUAUAAGAAAUGAGAAAAAGCAAAUUCUUAGAAAGUGUGGUGAGAACCAUAAUUUCCUCUUAUGUCUUUGUCACUAUGGAGUAAAAUAUCUCCUGUUGACAAAAUUUCUCUACAGAAUGAAGCCAAGAGAGAGGAGUGAUUUGUCCAAUUCUUUUAGGACUAUAGAGGUGUGCCGAGUUAUAGUCUGCUGUUGCUUUUAUAAACCUCACAUAUUAAUAGCUUAGAAAAAUAAAGAAUCAAUAUAUUUACAAUACAAUUUUGUGAGGUAGUCUUUUUUUUAAUUCAGAACACCAAACUCUACCCAAUAAAGCCAUAAAUACUUAACUAGAAAACUUAGCACUAAGUGCCUUGAAAACAAACUGCAUUAAAUUGAAACUUCCACUUAUACAACUGUUACAUUUAGUUAUUGUGAUCUAAAUAUAGUUCAAAUAUCCGUUUUGUCUAUUUCUUUUAAGAAGAAAAUAAAAAUAUUAAGAUCGCUGAUUAGAAUGGUGUCUGAGUUAACAUACAAAUAUAAAAUAUAGCAUGCAGUUCAAUAAGUGAAUAACUUUGGCUCUAUUCUUUAUAAGUUUUAAUUUUUGAAAAGUCCACGUGCACAUUCUAGGUUAAUACAUUGAAGAAGGAUAUUAUAAUACCUUAGGCAGUAAAACUCUCUUAUAUCUAUAAAAGAAGAAUAGAGUAGAUAGUAGUGAAUAAUUAAUAUGAUAUAUGGCACAAUUCUAAUAGAUACAUACAUCUCAAUCAUCAUACUUUGAGUGGAGCAGUGUGCUUGGUUGAACUGAAUCAUUUAAUUUGUCUCUCCUCAAUAUGUGCUCUGAAAGGAGUACUUCAAGCCAGAAGGAUACAGCUUUGCCUGAAGCUUAGUAAGGUGUUAUUAAAAGAGAAAAUUGCAAAUAGGUACUUUUGAAAAUAGUUUGUGGUGCUUUGCAUAGCUUUAUCUCAUUAAAAAUAUUACAAGAAUUAUGAAGGUACUUUAUUUUGCAUACCAAAAUUUUACUUGAUAAUUAUACAGAACAAUUUUGAACACCUGUUUUUUCUAGGGUAUGGUAUAUUAACUGAAAUUAGCAAGGACCUU